AUGGGCGGAGGCACACACACCGUCAAUACCACGGACAGGCUUGCGGGCCUCCGUGACCUCAUGAAGAAGCCCGAGCACAAUCUCAAGGCUGUUGUUGUUACGAGCGAGGAUCAACAUUUCAGCGAGUACAUCGCUGCGUGCGACGAGAGACGGGCUUGGAUAUCGGGGUUCAAUGGAUCUGCUGGCUGCGCAAUAGUCACGCUCGACAAGGCAUUCCUGUUUACGGACGGUCGAUACUUCUUGCAGGCGGAGCAGCAACUGGAUAGGCACGGUAUGGGCAUGCCAGAUGUGCCUACAUGGCAAGACUUCCUGUGGAAAAACCUCGAACAAGGGACAAGGAUCGGCAUCGACCCCACUCUCAUCUCCGCCAAGGAUGCUGAAACCCUCAAAACGUCAUUAACACCCCGCGCCUCCGAACUCGUAUCGCUCGAGAAGAACCUUGUUGACGUCGUCUGGGGCUCCGAGCGCCCAGCGCGCCCCCAAAACAAGAUCUUCCCCCUGCCCGAUAACUAUACUGGUGAAUCGCUGCCAGAUAAGCUUGCACGGCUCCGGGAAGAGCUCACUAAGAAAAAUGCGAAGGCGAUGGUCAUUAACAUGUUGGACGAGGUCGCGUGGUUGUUCAAUCUUAGAGGGGCGGAUAUCGAUUAUAAUCCCGUCUUUUUCGCCUACGCUGUGGUUACGCACGACUCCGCCACCCUCUUCGUCAACAAGGACCAGUUUGACUCCGAAGUUGAAGCUCAUCUGGGCUCCAACGUCGAGAUACGACCGUACGACUCGUUCUUUGACUACCUGAAGACUCUCCCUGGAACUUUGUCCUUGGCGAAAGAAUCGCCAAUCAUCCUGGGCACAAAGGUCAGCCUGGCCGUCGCGGAAGCCAUCGGACACGAUAACGUCUCUAUCAUCGCCUCGCCUGUCGAGCUCAUGAAAGCCGUCAAGAACUCGACCGAGGUCGAAGGGUUCCGCAACUGCCACAUCCGCGAUGGUGCCGCGCUCACGCGCUACUUCGCCUGGCUCGAGGACCAGCUGAACAAGGGCGCUGUGCUUAACGAGUCUCAGGCAGCUGAUCAGCUGGAGGCUUUCCGGAAAGAACAGGACAAGUUCGUGGGGCUGUCGUUCCCGACUAUCUCGUCUACUGGGCCGAAUGCUGCCAUCAUCCACUACCAGCCCACUCCCGAUGACUGCGCUGUCAUCAAGAAGGACCAGAUAUACCUUUGCGACUCAGGAGCCCAGUUUAGGGACGGGACAACAGAUGUUACGAGGACCUGGCACUUCGGAACGCCUACAGAUGAGGAGAAACGCGCGUUCACGCGAGUCCUUCAGGGCCACAUUGCUAUUGAUACGGCCAUAUUCCCUAUUAAUACCACUGGCUACGUGAUUGACUCCUUUGCGCGGCGACCGCUCUGGCAGGAUGGCCUGGAUUACAGACAUGGAACCGGCCACGGCGUCGGCCACUUCCUAAACGUUCACGAGGGCCCUCACGGCAUCGGAACUCGUAUCGCUUACAACAACACGCCUCUGAAGCCUGGCAUGAUCGUGUCCAACGAGCCCGGAUACUACGCCGACGGUUCGUUUGGGAUUCGGAUCGAAAACAUUGUCGUCGUCCAGGAGGCGCAGACGCGGUACAAGUUCGGGAACGGCUAUCUCAAGUUUGAGCAUGUCACCAUGUGCCCGAUGCAAAAGACGCUGAUCGACCUGACGCUGCUCACGUCCGAGGAGAAGGGAUGGCUGAACGCGUAUCAUGCCGAGAUCCUCGAGAAAGUCUCGCCGCUGAUACAGAACGAUCUUCUGGCGCUCGAGUGGCUCAAGCGGGAGUGCUCGCCGCUAUGA